CAAAAAGAGCCACAGUAUCGUAUCUCAAAUACAGCUCAGCCUUGGAGAGUAGAGUCUCAACUCCAUUGAACUCCACUGCCUCUGAACAGAAGCUGCUGGUUUGCUUUUGCUUUUCAGGCAGCUGUAAGAAAGUCCAGGCAACUCUACAACUCUCUCUCUCUCUCUCUCUCUCUCUCUCUCUCUCUCUCUCCUCAACUCCUUCACUACUGCACGGGCUGUUGAGGGAUCAACAUCUCUGUUACAAAGAUGGAGUUCCCCCUUCCAGAAGUCCCCACCUUGCUGCCCAAUCGAUCCAUGGAGAGCUGUCCACCUGUGGAUAAUACAGUGGAGAAUAUGAUCUUUGGAUUCUACUACAUCAUAGUUUUCCUUCUUGCGCUGAACGGCAAUAGCCUUGCCCUGUGGAUCUUCGCCCGCCAGAGAGCCAACUCUUCUCCAGCCAAUGUCUUCCUGCUCCAUCUCGCUGUGGCUGACCUCUUUUACAUCUUCGUUUUACCUCUCAGGGCCACUUAUCAUUUAACGGGGGGACAUUGGCCGUUUGGUGAAAUCCCCUGCCGUCUCGCAGGCUUCUUCUUUUAUGUCAACAUGUAUGCCAGUUUGUACUUCCUGGCCUGUGUUGCAGGCGAUAGAUACCUUGCAGUGGUACACGCCGUACGCUCCCUCAAGGUCAGGCGCCCUCGCUACGCUCACAUUGCCAGUUUUGUGCUUUGGGCUUUGGUGAUAGUGUCUAUGGCGCCCCUACUGGUCACCAAGCAGACCGCAGAAGUCAAUGGCUCCACCGUAUGCUUGCAGCUGUACAGAGAAAAGGCCUCACACCGUGCUCUCGUCUCCCUCGCCGUAGCCUUCAUGCCGCCUUUCAUUGCCACCCUUUCUUGCUACCUGCUGAUAGUGAACAGUCUGCGAAAAGGUUCGAGGCUGGAGCCGGCGUUGAAACUCCGAGCUCUACGCACCAUCGGUCUGGUCAUGCUCAUCUACAUAGUGUGCUUUUUGCCCUAUCACUUAAGCCGUGCAACCUUUAUCUUGGGUCACGGACACCCAGACCUAUCCUGCCAAAUCAAAAGAGGGCUAGCCCUUGCUAACCGUCUUACUUCCUCUCUAACCUGCCUGAACGGGGCUUUGGAUCCACUGGUGUACCUGUUUGCGGCUGAGAAGUUCAGGGGGAGCGUUCGCAGGCUUUUCUGCAGAGACAAAUCAGGGGGGUCCGGCGCUACAAGUGGGGACCUGAAAGGGACACAUGAGAGCUCUGUAAGCGCAAAGUCUGAGUUCUGAGCGAGCCAAAUGAAUGUUUUUUCAUCAGUUUAAGUGAUUCGGCCCACACUUCCUGAUCGUGUAUGGUCAAUUAAAGAUCAGGAACUUGCAAACAGCCUUAGGCAUCACCAAGCAUGUGAUUUGGACAUGUUAAAGUGAAAGUAAUUUGGGACGGUACCACUGUUCUGUUUAAGUCAGUUGUCAGAUCACAACUGUUGACAUAAGAUUCCAUCAAGGCUCGUGAAGACAUAUGUAUAAGACUGUGUACUGCCUUUUAAAAAUUAAUGUUGUCUUUAUUAGCAUAUUACCUGUUUGCUAAUGACAUGCUUUGACUCGUUCUUUGUAAACUGUCAGCACUUCCUUAGUGGACACUCUUAAUGAAAUCAGUGUGAAGCUAAUGAAUUUCAUAUUUGGUACCAAACAAUACUUAUAAUCAUUGUUUUAAUGGUCCUCAGGGGGGUUUUCUGGUUAUAGCACGUCUCAAGCUGUGGUAAGAAUGUGUGAAGGGUAACAAACCAGUGAGGAGUCGAAAUGAAUACUACUAUUUACAUUCCUUGACGGCUAUUUGUUAUUUAGACUAUUUAGAUGCAUGUGCACUUCACACUAGUCAAUUAAUAACUUAAUGUACCUUUUACUGUUUAGGUAUAUAAUUACAGAUUUUUUUGAUGGCAUGAAAUACUGGUUUUGUUUUCACUUGUUCAAAUGAAGUUGUUGUAUGCAUCCGUAUUUAUAUGAUUUUAAUUACUGUAACCAAUUGCUAUAUAUAUUUUUUGUAUUUUUGUGAUUAUUAUACUUACAUCAUUAAUGUGUCUGUAUUCCUCAAGUAAGAUCCAUCCAUGAAUCAAU